AUGAAUCUAUACACCUACAGCAAGACCCCGUCGCCGUAUACCCCACGGACGAUAGGGCAGCCACACACUCUCGAGUACAGAUGCUACGUUGAGAAGGAUGGCCAACCCGUCUCUCCGUUCCACGACAUCCCUCUGUAUGCCAAUGAGCAGCAAACUAUCUUGAAUAUGGUUGUUGAAAUCCCAAGAUGGUCAAACGCAAAGCAAGAGAUCUCGAAAGACGAGUUCCUCAACCCUAUCAAGCAAGAUAUCAAGAAGGGCAAGCUCAGAUUCGUUCGAAACUGCUUCCCACACAAGGGCUACCUCUGGAACUAUGGUGCCUUCCCAAGAACAUGGGAAGAUCCUAAUGUCGUCCACCCAGAGACCAAGGCCAAGGGUGAUAACGACCCGCUUGACGUUUGCGAGAUUGGUGAGCUUGUUGGCUAUACUGGUCAGAUCAAGCAGGUCAAAGUCCUCGGUGUUAUGGCUCUCCUCGAUGAGGAAGAGACUGACUGGAAAGUCAUUGUCAUUGAUGUUAACGAUCCACUUGCUCCCAAACUAAACGACGUUGAGGACGUUGAGCGACACCUGCCAGGUCUCCUCCGAGCCACCAACGAAUGGUUCCGAAUCUACAAGAUCCCAGACGGAAAGCCAGAGAACCAAUUUGCUUUCUCUGGUGAGUGCAAGAACAAGAAGUAUGCUGAAGAGGUCAUCCGCGAGUGCAGCGAUGCUUGGGAAAGGCUGGUCAAGGGCAAGACACAACGAGGUGAUGUUAACGUCGCCAACACUACCGUUCAAGAUUCUCCAGACCGAGUCGGCCCCAACGAGACUGCGAAGAUCCCAAAGAGCCAGAACCUUCCUCCUGCUCAGAUUGACGGAUCAGUCGACAAGUGGUUCUUCAUCUCUGGUGCUGCUGUCUAG